AUGGCAACCCAAUGUAGCUACCGUUUCGCCACUCGAGAAGAUGUCCCGACAAUCUACUCUUUUCUUCGCGAAGGAUCCAGUGAGCAGGACCCUGAAAGUAAGCCGAAGCUCACAGAGACGAAACUUCUCGAUACGCUGAGCUUCAUCGAGUCCAGCAAAGAUGUAAGAAGGGAACCUUCAUUUACGCCAGGCUUCGCAAAGACUCUCUUACUUAUCUCUCCCGAAGGAGACAUAGCUGGAAUGGCUAUUUUCUUCUACAACUACUCUACGUGGUCGGCUGAGCCAGGUAUUUCCCUUGAGGAACUCUUUGUAUCGGAAAGAUACCGGCGUCGGGGAUACGCAGGUCUUUUAAUCAAGAGGUUGGUCACUGAGGCUCAGGAGCUGGGUGGCACAAAAUUGGAAUGGAAUUGCUACAGAAGCAACGAGCCCGCUUUGAAAUUUUACGACAGUCUUGGAGCAAAGCGGAUGGAACAUUGGGUGACGCUCAGACUGGAUGAAGAGGCAAUGGAACAACUAGCUUAA